AUGCCGGCGUCUACUUUCGCAGCGCUCGCCGAUGACCAGAACAUGGAGACCGAUGAGGCCCUUGAUAGCUUCGUUUGUGGCAGCCGCUUAUCUUCACCGAGUUGUGACUCUACACGAAUACUUCCCUCAACCUCACCCGUCGCUAUAUACGGAGAGAAGGUGGAAAGAAACGUUGUUGCCACAGACCUAGCUGACAGUGGGCCCGACGCUCUCACGACCGUGUUCACCAGACUCGUCGUGGCAGAGCCGAUGUGUGGGCUGGAGCGUGCACCGACAGAUCCCAAGUAUUCCAGUCAUGGCCCAGCAAAUGACAAAACGGCUCUAAGGAUCCCACGAGGAGGUCAAGAUGACGAGCCAGAAGCAACCGUGGCCAGCGGUACGGGUAGUCUUUCGCCUGUACAGCAACUGCUGGUACCAGGCAGUAAACAACAAAAGCCCUUUUACAAAUGGGUCAAGGCGCUGAACCGGCGUGGCACCGCACAACGACACCUUCGCCGGAUAGAUACGAGCGACCAGGCACGUUCCGACAAUUCAAACAGGGCAACUUGCAGCUCUGUAUCCCGCCGGAACUCGUCUUCUAUUUCGUCCCUCGCCUACGUCUCGGCCAUCCGUGAUGCAAGCAUCAGUGGUGCUAGUACGAGCCUUGCGCCCUCAUCACGGAAACAGCGAGCGAGAUCUUCCAAAAGACUGUCUAAAACGGACCGAAGCAGCCGUGCAUCCUAUUCUGCAAGGCUCUCCGAGGACGACCGACCACAGACACAGGCCGAGUUGGCAACGCUUGAGCGAUCCAGACACCGUCGCCGUAUCCUUGAAGAGUUGAUCGAGACCGAGGAAGGCUACAUCGGGGACAUUAAAUUCCUGAUGAAGGUCAGCCGUCCUCCAGAAACUGCUUCCAGCCGCUAG